GUGUGGAAGGUAUGAACACAGGGACUCCACCCCAGUGCAGAGUUCAGAGAUCUCUCUUCCUGCGGUCAGCCUUGUUUGACAGACAACAUUGGCGCAUUGUUUUACACAUUUAUUUAAUUUUUCUCCUGUACAUACCGAUAAUUCAUAGGCUUACAAUUUUACACAUUAUUUUCCGGAACAAGCGUUGGAGAGGCCACGUCUAGAAUGGGGAACAGAGACGAUGAAUACGAUUUCUUGUUCAAAGUUGUGUUAAUUGGGGACUCUGGCGUCGGGAAGAGUAACUUGCUCUCUCGGUUCACACGGAAUGAGUUCAACCUGGAGAGUAAGAGCACCAUCGGGGUGGAGUUUGCCACCCGCAGCAUCCAGGUGGAUGGCAAGACGAUAAAGGCCCAGAUCUGGGACACAGCUGGACAAGAACGUUACAGAGCCAUCACCUCCGCCUAUUACAGAGGGGCAGUGGGUGCUCUCCUAGUGUAUGACAUCGCCAAGCACCUGACGUAUGAAAACGUGGAGCGCUGGUUGAAGGAACUGAGGGAUCAUGCAGACAACAACAUCGUCAUCAUGCUGGUGGGCAACAAGAGCGACCUGCGCCACCUCAGGGCCGUGCCCAUGGACGAGGCCCGGGCUUUUGCAGAGAAGAACACUCUAUCGUUUAUUGAAACUUCAGCCUUAGAUUCAACAAAUGUAGAGGAAGCUUUCAAGAAUAUCCUUACAGAAAUCUAUCGCAUCGUAUCGCAGAAGCAGAUCGCUGAGCGGUCCGCCCAUGACGAGUCCCCUGGAAACAAUGUGGUGGACAUAAGUGUUCCGCCCACCACAGACCAGAAAGGGAACAAACUGCAGUGCUGCCAGAACCUGUAACCCAUGAUGAUGCUUACCUUCCCCUUUCUGUCAUCUUAAAGUGUUGUGGCGCCAACAUUCUUCAUUUUGUGUAAUAUAUUUGUUUUUGAUAGCUUGUCAACUCACAUUAUAUUAAUGCCAUGAAAUAAAAGUUUACAAUAUUA